CAGUAACCAAUAACUUACUAUCAAUCCCGAUACGUAACGGUAGUAUCAUCUAUAAAACCAUACAGCAAAUAUUCAGUCUGAUAUAUCGGAACGCUGUAGAAUACGAUAAUAUAUACCCAGAAAAAUGGUGAAAGUGGCACGCGCUCUGUACGAGUAUGACAAGGAGAACAAUGACGAGAUCGCCUUCAAGGCGGGCGAUAUGAUAGAGAUCACCAAUGACUUCGUGUACGAUGGAUGGAUGGAAGGUAUCCUGCUGCCGGGCAGGACAGAGAAGGGUCUGUUCCCAUCUAAUUUCGUAGAGGUCGAAGAGGUGGCCGAUACUAAACAACUUGUACAACAACAGGAAGAGCCAGAAGAUGUGGAGUUCCGGGACAUGCAGGUGGUUAUAGGCGACAAACUACCCCCGUCGUUGACUGGUGGUGCGAGGGGCGCGAAAAUGGUCCGAGCGCACCACUUCUACGAACGGACACAACCGGAUGAACUCAGCUUCCAAGAGGGCGAUGUUAUCGAAGUUGUUUCAGAAGACCACCCAGAUUGGUGGCAAGGCAAGCUGAACGGUGUAGUCGGAUGGUUGCCGUCGAAUUUCGUUGAGGAUCUCCCACAAGAGCCCGCACAACCCGAGCCUGAACCUGAACCACAACCAUCACCUAUGAGGGCCAUGCCAGAGGCUGCGAUAGCAAGCGCCGGCGAUAAUGUACCUAAAUGGAAGAAGGAUUUGCUAGCUAAGAACGCUGCUAAGGGACAGAACAGCGGAGCCGGUGACGAUCACAAGCGUCACAGUCAACACGCCCACGAAGAACCGCACGACCACAGCAGCAUGGCGGCUGUGGGUGUGCACAGAGCCGACGCGGCCUCUCCCCAAAAUGCUAUAGAUCGCUCCCCCAGUCAGUCAUCCCGAACUUCGGUGCACGACCGAGAACAGAGCCAGAAGGGAAGCAUCAAGCAGACCUUCAGCAGUUCCUUGCCACAGAAAGAGGAGCCGUUGCCGUCGCUCAAUAAGGGCCGGCCAGCGCCUCCCGAGGGUAAUUCAGGUAAGAAAGGUGUGAGCAGGGAAGGCUCGGUCAAAUCUAGAUCCAAGAGUAUGAUCCACAUGGACUCGAGCUCAGACGACGACUCCGACGAGGGCAGAGAACCCGAUGGCUUCCAGCUGCAAAAGGAGAUACUUGAACUCAAGCGCUUGUACCAUAAGGAACGCAAGGCGCGGAUCAAACUGGGCGAGAGGGUGACCGCCCUGGAGAAUAUGAUGUGAAGCUGGGAUACAUAGUACAAGUCGGCUUUCGAGUAUGGGAGAGUGAGAUGACGUGUAGGUGUAAAAUUCUCCCGGCAUAUUUAUGUGUAAAUAAAGAUUCACAAACUAUCAUCGAGCACAAUAGUGUGGGAUGGUGUUCAGGUGCCGAAA